CCACUCCCCACAGUCCCCGCCCCGCUCUUUGUCGCCGCUCGGCCUCCUCCCCGCUCCCGUGUCUGCCCACCCGGUGUCGAUGUCGAUGGUUUGAGUCCGGGCGGGCACCAUGAACCUCGCGAGCCAGAGCGGGGAGACGUCCUCGGGAUUACUCUUCGCCAACUUCAACCAGGACUACACGUCCCUGGCCGUGGGCUCCAAGUCAGGUUACAAGCUCUUCUCUCUCAACUCCGUGGACAAGCUCGAGCAGAUAUACGAGAGCACCGACACGGAGGAUGUGUGCAUCGUGGAGCGCCUCUUCUCCAGCAGCCUGGUGGCCAUCGUGAGCCUGUCGGCGCCGCGCAAGCUCAAGGUGUGCCACUUCAAGAAGGGCACGGAGAUCUGCAACUACAGCUACUCCAACACCAUCCUCGCCGUGAAGCUCAACCGGCAGCGACUCAUCGUGUGCCUGGAGGAAAGCCUCUACAUCCACAAUAUCCGUGACAUGAAGGUGUUGCACACCAUCCGGGACACGCCAGCAAACCCCGCUGGUCUGUGCGCCCUGUCCAUCAGCAACGACAACUGCUACCUGGCCUACCCUGGCAGCGCCACCAUCGGCGAGGCUCAAGUCUUCGACACGAUUAACCUGCGUGCCGUCACGAUGAUCCCCGCGCACGACAGCCCGCUCGCCGCCAUGGCCUUCGACUGCACGGGCACCAAACUCGCGACCGCCUCCGAGAAGGGCACGGUGAUCCGAGUCUUCAACAUCCCCGACGGGCAGAAGUUAUUUGAGUUCCGCCGGGGAGUGAAACGGUGCGUCACGAUCUGCUCGCUCGCCUUCUCGACGGACUGCGUCUUCCUGUCGGCGUCUAGCAACACGGAGACGGUGCACAUCUUCAAGCUGGAGAGCCCCAAGGAGAAGUCAGGGCCGCCCGAAGAGCCGACAACGUGGUCCGGCUACCUGGGCAAGGUGCUCAUGGCCUCCACGACGUACCUGCCGGCCCAGGUGUCCGAGAUGUUCAACCAAGGCCGCGCCUUCGCCACUGUGCGGCUGCCCUUCUCGGGACACAAGAACGUCUGCUCGCUCGCCACGGUGCAGAAGCUGCCGCGGCUGCUGGUGGCUUCGUCGGACGGCUACCUCUACAUCUACAACGUGGACCCGCAGGACGGCGGCGAGUGCACGCUCAUGAAGCAGCACAAGCUGGACGGCGGCGUCGAGGGCUCGGGGAGCGACAUCCUGGAGCCCCCGGAGAAGGCGACGGCGCCGCAGUCGUACGCGGCCACCGUGUCCAAGCCGUCCUCCUCCAGCUCGCCCGCGCGCCAAGGCUCCGCCGGUUCCACCGGUUCGGGUGGCUUUGGCGGCGGCGCCGGCAUCUACGUGGAGGAGCACGGGGCGGUGGGCGGCUCGUGCACCAUGCCGGAGGAGGAGCUGGCGCACGACAACCUCAAUCUGGACGACGACAGCGAGUUCCCGCCCAUCGUGCAGCAGAGCGACUGAGGGCCGUGGUCCGCGCUACUACUCGCUCACGGCUCCCGCCGCCGCCCGGUACAGGCGGUUACGGCACCGACGCACCCUCCCCUCCCUCCCUCCACCGCUCCCUGCCCCCCCCCGCCCCCUCUGUGUUUACCGCCCGUCGUCGUCGUCGUCACAGCGGCGAGCAGUGUUUAGGAUGUUUUGAACGUAGGUGGUGACCACGUGCGCGUGCGUACGCCACCUGGCGCGUGUUUGCGCCACGUGUUCUGAGCGCCAUGUGACGCACACCCGACGGUCAAUCUAAUUGGGGCAACAAAGUCACGGGACGUGGCAGUGGUGAACCCCAUCAAGCUGUGGCGGGAGGCGGGGGGGGGGGGG